AUGCCGCCUUCGCUGAUGAACUACACCACCUUCGAUGCCGCAACGCUUGAGACACUUGCUCGCAGGAUUUCGACCCUAUCUCGUCGCAAAGACUCAAGUCCAAUUAUUUCACAUGCUUGGCGGACACAACUUCCUCGGAGCAUCCAAUGGGUUGGGCUCGCAUCUUCAAGGUGGCUAAUUGUUGCUUCGUCCGACCACCAAGUUAGCACCCUGCAAUGCUGGGAUCUGACCCGCGCCUUAAGCCUCAAUGGGGGCCAUUCCCCUGUCGUUCAAAUAUAUCUUCCUGCUCAAGUAAAGACAGCCAAGUUGGAAAUCCAACAGUCUGGAAUCAUUAUUGCUCUUGGUUUAAUGAAUCCCUCCACAGCCCUAUACGUUGUGUCAUUGAAGAGAAAAUCUGACCGUGUUGUCUUCACUCACGAAUAUAGUCUCAUCGGUUCAUCACAUGUUCUUAUGCUUCACGAUGCUUGGGUUGGGUGUGCAAUCCGGGAAGCAUUGAACGAGCCACAUAUAGUCAACUGGAAAACUGGAUCUAUCCUUAACAUCGAACCUCCGCCUGGUGGUCUGGACAUUCUUAGCCGUCGUAGUGUACCCCACCUGAUGACAAUGUGGACCGAGGAUACUCUUGUUAUCGUCCGUUUCAACGCACUCGAAUUUUAUCGCCGUGAGGGCGAUAGGUUAUUAUUCCUUCGCCUCUUGGAGCUCCAAGAUGAAGAGGAUCACAUCCAUGAAGUCACUAUUUGCCAGCAUUGCGACCCCACGUACUUGCAGUUGGCUAUCAUCGCGCAAUGUGACGUUCAAUUCCUGACUCUCAGUGAGGACAGCCAUGGCAUCGUGCUAAAACGCAUCAAUGCCGAAAAUUUUGUCCCAUACGCCAAUGCUGGUACCCCACUUUUCCGUCUGAGAACGAGCCAGUCUGGCACCCGCGUCAUAUGGAUUUCAACACUUAAUUGGUUUUUCGGAGUCAGGCCGUCGUUCGCCAUCUUUGCGCUCCCCAAACAACCGCUUAACCCCCAUUCGACAUCAGCUCUGACCUGGAAAGACGACGAUGUUCAUGCACCAGCGUUGUGGGCAUUUUCCAACGUCGAGUAUGACGAUAUACUGGGCUUAACUGUGAUUGGAAACCACUUUGGGGAGCUGGCUGUGUAUGACCAUGUGGGCGGCUACGCAAGACUCGUUGGCAGUUCUUUCGGGGCGGCUCCUGUUCUUGAAGCUGACCACACUGUCAUUUCUGAGGCAUUAAACGAAUGCGUGAUUUCUAGUUUACCUUUCUAUCUCAACCUCCCAUUACCCGUCACUCGAGUGAUGACCCAUGCAGAACUCAUGUCCUCCCGUGCAGCUAAAUGGGCCAAAGACAAACUUGAUCUCAACCCACAGUGUUGGAUGCGGACAGAUUUCGCCCCCGACAAAGUACUCGACGAGACCGAUCGAUUCCCUAAACACGACACAUGGGAAGGUCAACCUGGCGACAAUGCUUGGAUGCUAUCGUACAUGUAUGGGUUUCCUGGCGAAGCGUUACCCCAAGCUUUCAGAAUUAAUCAGGGCCGACAUGAUCCAGAGGACGACGCCAUUCUUUUCCGCCUUUGCCCUAAUGGAUCCAAUGUGUCCCCAAACUCCUGGUCGUCGCGGUCAGUGGGACGGUAUAUCUUUGCGACACCAAGAUUAUACCGAUCCUAUGAGUUCUUUCUCUUGCCUCAAGACUUCCGCCCCUCGGGUAAUCUUUCCUUAACUGCACUCGGACAAAGGAACGCCUAUCUUCAAGGCAUGAAAGAACCAAAAUAUCAAAGUGACAGUCGUUGGCGAACAUGGCUUUCUCGUCACGAGUAA